ACCUGCCUGUAUGGGCAAGUGCUCGUAUUUGGGUCCGUUGUUCAUCCUCUGGAUAUGUGUACUGCCAACUACAUUUGCGACAUUUGGGGAUCGUCAUCGACUUCGUGCACGUGACUUCAUUGAACAAUAUUCAUUUGAGGGAAGUAAGGAUACAGAGGGUACGAAAUGCUUUUCAUGUCAAAACACGACAGACCCAACAGCGUGUCGAAGAGAAAUCAAGUGUGCAGGGGGAGAGGUCUGUGGAUUCGAUGUCCACUUAGAUGAGACCAACACUGUCACCUCCUAUAGGGACUUUGGAUGCAAGCCUGUUAGUACUUGUCAGGAGGGUUUAAUAAUCACACGAAUACAGCAGGGGAACCGGACAUUCUCAGACUGUUCUGGUUGCUGUUAUGGCCCUCUUUGUAACAAAAAACCAAGAUUCAGUGAUAUAUAUGGUCCCGAAGAAGCUAUUGGAUCGUGCUUCAAAAGAAAGGGAGAAUGCUUACAACGGGUGCGGACACAGUGUAUUCCCAUUGGAAGUUACUGCCUAAACGAGAAAAAUGAAUUUGAGCAAGUAGCGGAGUACACCAUUCCAUGUAGUACAUGUCCUGAUCAAUAUGGGUCGGAAUCAUCUGAAGAAAUAGAAGACGAAGAGGUUAUAAUCGAAGAGGAAGAAUUUACUCUACCACAAUGGAAGUACCGAGGCAAAAAACUGAAGGGAAAACGCAAAAGCAAGUCAAAGAAAAGCUGGGGAAGUAGAAGUAGAUCCAGCCAUGGUAGUGGAGGCAGUAGUAGGAAAAGUAGUGGAUCCCACUCAUAUAAGAGUGGAAGCAAGAGUAAGAGUAGUGGUGAGCGCUCUGACAGAAGUAGUGUGGAACUUUGGGAGAUAUCUGAAAACGACACUGUCAUCAAUACAACCUGUACUCAUUGGUCUACGUGGAGUGAUUGCAAUAUGUUAACCUGCAAACAGAAACGCCAUAGGACUUGUCCAAGUGAAUGUGCCGCUGAUGAAUUUACCAGCAAGCGUCGGAGGAGAGGAUCUAAGCGAUCGGGUUCUAGAAGUUCUGGCUCUGGAAGUUCGAAAUCUGAUGUGUCGGGUUCAGGAAGUUCAUCCAAACAGUCAUCUGAAUCCUCCCAUAGCAAAUCGUACACACGUAGGAAAAGAACUUAUUCGAUUGAACAACCAUUAGAUCUAUACAAUAGGUAUGGUUCCGUUACAGACACACGAAGUAGGUUCAGUGAUUCUGAUUCCAAUAGCAAGUCUUCGGACUCAGAUAGCAAAGUAUCUGAUCAAUCAAAAAGUAGUGCUUAUUCAAGCCAACGUUCAAGUGAAGGAAGCAGUGAACACGAGCCUGAAUUCGGCGACGAAUGCUUUACAACUGAAACACAGACUAGGGAUUGCCAAGUGGAAUGUCCUGUCCCAACAUUGUGGACCGACUGGGGUGAUUGUGAUAGUAUUAGCUGUAAAGCAAAACGAUACCGAUAUGUACCCAGACCGUGCGACAUAAACGAAGGAUCUUCCGAAGAAAGUGAAUAUGAUGACGAAGAUUGUGAACCAGAAGACGAUGAUGAAGAUGAGAGUAGUGAGGAGAAAAGUGACUCGGCUAAGUCAAGCAGUGAAUCAAAAGACAGUCAACAUAGUUCAAGUGAGAGUGACAAAUCAAGCGGUUCAAGCAGUGAAUCAAAGGACAGUCAACAUAGUUCAAUCGAGAUUGAAUUAAAUGUUGACAGUACAAACAAUAGUAGUGGCUAUAGGCGUAAGAAGAGAAGUUCUGGAAGCGGGGAAAGUAGUGAUAAGGCUAGUCACGACAUGUCUGAUUCUAGUAACAAUUCAAGUAAAUCAGGUUCAAGUAAAGACAGUUCCAAAUCAGGUUCAAGUAAAGAUAGUUCAGAUUCAGGUUCAGGUUCAGGUUCAUCUAGUGGAAGUCACAUUAGAAGAUGUAAAAGUAGAGGAAGUAGUAGCUCGAACAGUAAGAGUAAUUCAGGAAGUAAUUCAGAUAGUUCCAGAAGUUCGGGUAGUAGAAGUGACAAGAGCAUAAGCAGUGGAAGUGGUAGCCAUAUGCAUGUAACAAAGAGGAGUGGUAGUGGAAGCCAUGGUAGCAAAAGUAGCGGAAGUGGGAGUUCUAAGAGCGGGAGUGGAAGUGGGAGUUCCAAAAGCAGGAGUGGAAGUGGGAGUUCCAAAAGCGGGAGUGGAAGUAGGAGCAGUGGUGGAAGAAGCAGCGAUGGAGGCAUUGAUCCAGAAACUAUACCUGAUGGAUAUGUUAUUCCCGAUGGCCUAUGUUGGGAUAAGGAAAUAGACACAAAGGAUUGUGAAAACUGUACAAGUGAACCAUGUGAAGAGUGGAGUGAAUGGAGUCUAUGUAGUUCUGAAAACUGCUUCAGAUACAGAUGGAGGAGAUGCCCGGUAAAAUGUGAAUACACAGAUUCGUCAGCAGACUCAGACUACAGCUAUGAAUCGUGGAGCAGUAUGGAGGACAGCAAUAGCAUUAGUAGCAAUGAAUCGGGUUUGAGUAAAGCAAGUGGUGGAAGUAGCAGUAAAUCGGGCAGUAAGAUGAGCAGUGAAUCCGGA